GCGUCAGCGCGCGCGUUCGAACUGGCGCUUGGCGGCGUUGCCAUGGGGACGUGGCCUGGCAGUCGCCUGAGGCGGGUUGACAGGACGGCUGGUAGUCUGGUCCUAGGGCUUUCUCCAGACGAGAUUAUUUCUCGCAUCCUCCGAGGAAACUGACCGAAGAGGAGUCCAGAAGCCCCCGAGAUGAUUUGGGGGCAGGUGGAAGAGGCUGAAAAUUCGACGUUGGGAUUUCCACCUUUUGUGAAAGUGACAGCUGUGAGCUACUCCAUGUACUAGGGGUCAGCUAAGUGGGGAGUGACUGAGCCUGUCUGAGGUAAUGGAAAGAACAAAUGUGAGACAUGAGAAGACUUAAAUUCCAAUUUUGGAAGUCACUUGUUACUCUGGCCAACACGCAGACUGGAGCUUAGAGUGUUGACCAGCAAGCACUGAGGAUCCUUCUGUCUCUUCCCCAGAGUUCAUGUAAAUCUAGUCACAAAAAUGGCCUCCUGGUUAUAUGAAUGCCUUUGUGAAGCUGAACUUGCACAGUAUUAUCCUCAUUUUACUGCGCUUGGCCUUCAGAAAAUAGAUGAAUUAGCAAAGGUUACAAUGAAGGACUACUCCAAAUUGGGAGUUCAUGACAUGAACGACCGCAGACGUCUUUUCCAACUUAUCAAAAUCAUUAAGAUUAUGCAGGAGGAGGAUAAAGCCCUCAGUAGCCCAGAGAGUCCUCUUCAAACAAGCAACAUGUAUACCAAGCGUCGGGAGUUCAGAUCUGGCCCCCGAAGACAACUGCAUUUUGAUUCUCCUGCUCAUAGCAAAGCCAGGACAGCCAGCAAUGAAACAUGCAAUCUAUCAGACUUAUCUGUAGAGGAGCAGAAAUCCACUUACCUGAAAGUGCUGGCACACAUGCUACCUGAUGACUCCCAGGACCAAACAAAAAUAAGAACCCUGAAUGCCUCAGCUGCUGGUGCUCACAUGCAGACAGAAACUGACGCUUCGCUCUUUUCAUCAAGUUAUUUUUCUCCAAAACUAGGAAACAGUGAUAUUCCCGUGAUUCAAAGAGUCUCUCAUGUUUCGGGGUAUAACUAUGGAAUCCCUCAUUCUUGUGUCAGACAGAUCACUUCAGAGAAUUCUUGGACUGAAAUGGAGAAAAUCAGAGUUUGUGUUCGAAAACGGCCAUUAGGUGUAAGGGAAGUUCGUCGUGGAGAAGUUAAUAUUAUUACUGUAGAAGAUAAAGAAACUCUGCUUGUACAUGAAAAAAAAGAAGCAGUUGACCUCACACAAUAUAUUCUGCAGUUUGUUUUUCAGCAUGUUUUUUAUUUUGAUGAAGUCUUUGGUGAGGCAUGCACCAAUCGAGAUGUGUACCUGAAGACUGCUCACCCGCUCAUUCAGCAUGUGUUCAAUGGAGGCAAUGCCACUUGCUUUGCAUAUGGACAAACAGGUGCUGGAAAAACCUAUACUAUGAUAGGAACUCAUCAAAACCCAGGAUUGUAUGCUUUGGCCGCCAAAGAUAUCUUCAGGCAGCUGAAAGUAUCCCAGCCAAGAAGGAACCUCUUUGUGUGGAUUAGCUUCUAUGAGAUCUACUGCGGACAACUGUAUGACCUCCUAAAUAGAAGAAAACGGCUCUUCGCAAGAGAAGAUAGCAAGCAUGUGGUGCAGAUAGCUGGCCUUCGAGAGCUCCAAGUGGACAGUGUAGAGCUCCUCCUACAGGUGAUCUUAAAGGGCAGCAAGGAGCGCAGCACUGGGGCCACUGGCGUCAAUGCAGAUUCCUCCCGAUCCCACGCUAUCAUUCAAAUUCAGAUCAAAGAUUCAGCCAAGAGGACAUUUGGCAGGAUCUCUUUCAUUGAUUUGGCUGGCAGUGAGAGAGCAGCAGAUGCCAGGGACUCAGACAGACAGACAAAGAUGGAAGGCGCGGAAAUAAACCAGAGUCUUCUGGCUCUGAAGGAAUGUAUUCGAGCACUGGACCAGGAACACACCCAUACGCCUUUUAGGCAAAGCAAAUUGACCCAGGUCCUGAAGGACUCUUUCAUUGGCAAUGCCAAAACUUGCAUGAUCGCCAACAUCUCACCGAGCCACAUAGCCACAGAACACACACUGAAUACCUUGCGUUAUGCUGACCGGGUGAAGGAACUAAAGAAAGGUGUUAAGUGCUGUGCUUCAACCACCAGUCGAAGUCGGGCAUCUGCAAACUCCUCUCCAAAACGAAUUCAGAGCUCCCCUAUUGCCCUGCCAGGGGACAAGUGCUCCCCCAAAAAAGUUAAACUGGGACUUCAGCAGUCAGUUGUUGUGGCCCCAGGCCCCACAAGAGUUAAAACCCACCCUUUGGCCAGCCAUGCUCCCAAUAUCCCCUUUGCCUCUGAACCUAAAACCCCCAGUAAAAGGGGGAGUCCUGUCCCAGAGUGGGAGGCAAAGCCUAGCCUUUGGAAAGGAACCAUGAGGUCUGGCCAUUCGAUCAAAAAGGGAGCAGAAGAGUCAGCAUCGUUGUGCUCUGAGAAAAGUCAAGUUGGCAGCAAGGCUGCCAUUGUGUGGGAGAGCAGGGCCUCGGGCCCCAGAGAAGGCCUACUGCGUCUCAGGAUGCCUGCCAGAGAGAAGAAGGUGCAACCGGUGCAGCCAGUGCAGAAGCAACUACUGUCCCGAGCUCAGCUUCCUGGCAACCACCACCACUUAGAAACCAGUCAGGACAGCAAAGUGGGCACAUCUGCCAGGCUUGCCCCGGAAGCUUGGACAAACCCCCUUCCCCAGCAGAAGGAAAGGGAGGAACAUUUGCGAUUUUACCACCAGCAGUUUCAGCAGCCACCACUCCUCAAGCAGAAGCUAAAAUACCAGCCACUAGAAAGGCUUUUAUGUCAGCAUAGGCCCUCCGAAGGUCAGCUUCCAAAUGAGACCGUUUCUCCCCUCCACUCUAAUCCUGAGAGCCAUGAUGGAGCCCAGGCUGAGGACCUGGACGACAGUGAUUUCAGUGAGGAUUCUUUCUCACACAUGCAGAGGAGCACCUUGGAGAAGAGCGGAAGCUCUUUCUUCCUUCAUCAGAACAGGGUGCACAGUCCUGAGGAGCAGGGGGCAGAAAGGCAGCAAUAUUUGCGUUUCAGCUCCGAGAUGGAUGGUGAUGAGAGAGGAACUGACAGCUGGGUGUGUUCCAGAGGCUCCAUCAUAAGCCACAGAAGAGGAGCACUCAGCCAGAGCCACAGCCCAAGUAAGGUGUGCUCGGACUGGAGCAAGGAGGAAGACUCUGCCUCCUCAGGACCUUCCCCCAAGGAUGGCUUGGCCCAGAAGCCACCCUCCUCACAGGUAGAUUUUGUGCAUCACCAAGAAACGGGUGGAGCUCAAGCCUCUGACAUUAGACCUGAGGCCUUCAGAAGUGAGGUUCCUGGACAGGCUGAGAGCAGCUUGCCAUCCCCAGAAAACGGGCUGUCUUUGCCUCUAUCCCCAGAUGAAAGAGACAUCAGUGACGACAGAGUGACUCAGGCAGCAGGAACAGUGGACAGGACUGCUCCAUCCCAAGAAGACUCUAGAGAGGGCUCUGCAAAUGCUUCUGGACUCAUGGCUCCUCUCACUAUAUCCCUCUUGGAGACCCCCAGUCAGGAGUACUCUUCUUCCUUGGAGCAGAUUGCCCAAGACAGAGCUGAGCAUAGUCUCACGACUGAGAUCAUAGGAGGGCCGGCAGUGGAGCACAUAGUAUCCCCUUACAAUCAAGAGGCUGCUUUGCCAGUAUCUUCAGCAACUGCGCUCCUGUGGCUGUCCUCAUCUCCCCCUGACAAUCGACCUAGUGGUGAUCUUCCAGCUCUUUCCCCAUCACCCAUCCGUCAGCACUCACCUGACAAACUGCCCCAUGGGGAGGCCUGCCAGAGCAGAAGGCCUGUACUCAUGGCCCAGAGUCACGUGGGUGGUGAUCCAUACGGUGACAGUGCUGAGGAGACUGGACUGGUGGACUCGUCAUUCCCUCGGAAGCCCUGCUCCAUCACACAUGCUGGAGCACCCUGUUCUACGCCCUUGCUCACCUCAUGGACAGGAAGUAGUGAUGUAGCUGGCGGUCCCUGGGCCCAGGACAGAAAACAUCCUGCAGGGUUUAGCCGGCAGGAGCUUGUUUCCUCCACAGAUUCCAUCAAGCCCUCUUACGAGGACAUCUUGUGGCUCAAGCACAGGCCACUCUCAAAGUGCUUAGCAUCAGACUCUCCUGUGGUCCCCAGUUCUCUCAAGGCCUCAGGGACCCUCUGUCCACUUACACUGGAGCAGGCACAGCAGGUGAUCAUCCGUGCACACCAGGAACAGCUGGAUGAAAUGGCUGAGCUGGACUUCAAGGAGGAGACCUUAAUGACCCAGAUGAAUUCUAAUGAUUUUGAAGAUUUCGUGACCCAGCUGGAUGAACUCAUGGCUUUGAAGUCUAAGUGCAUCCAGAGUCUGAGAAGCCAGCUCCAGUUGUACCUCACCUGCCAUAGGUCGGCUGCAGCUCCCAAGAGAACCAUACUGUCUUAGAAGAAGGGCUCACCCUGGGUAGACAUUGCUGUGCCCU